GUGACGUCAUUAAGACACAUCUUCGUUUGUCAAGAACGAAGUUUGGAGUUUAUAGUUAUUUGUUACCUUUAAAUGUUCAAUUAAUUAUGUGCAAAAUAUAAAUUAAAUAUCGUAUUUAUUUAAUUAAAGUGAUAAUUUGUCUACAGAUGGAUCCAAAUGCAAUGAGAGGAGCUCAUCAAUUUGCUGGGCCCAAUAGAGGAAGAGGAAGCAAACAAGUACCAUCACAGCCAAAUUAUGGAUACAAUCCUAAUCCUAAUCCGGGUGGCUAUGGACACAGUCCACAGAUAUUUGACGAUACUAGCAUGCCUCCUUAUGCAUCUCAGCCACAAUCUUAUUCACAUAUACCCUCUCAAGGAAAUGUAAUGGGAGAUUGGUCAAGUCAAGGCUAUGGUCAACCUUUCUCCGGGCAACAGGUACUUUCAGAUCCAAUGGCUGCCAUGGCAGUUCAGUAUGGACAGACUUUGGCUGGACAAGGAAAAGAGUUUGUAAAUGAAAAACUUGAAAAAUAUGUUUCUGUAUCAAAGUUGAAGUACUAUUUUGCUGUUGACACUGCUUAUGUAGCCAAGAAGUUAGGAUUACUGUUUUUUCCUUUUACACAUAGUGAUUGGACUGUGCAUUAUAACCAAGAUGAACCUAUUCAACCUAGAUAUGACAUUAAUGCUCCUGAUCUUUAUAUACCAUCAAUGGCUUUUGUGACAUAUGUUCUGACUGCUGGAUAUAUAUUAGGAAUGCAAAAUAGGUUUACUCCUGAACAACUCGGAAUGCAAGCCAGUUCGGUCUUAGUGUGGCUGAUAUGUGAAAUUUUAAUUAUUAUGCUCUGUUUAUACAUUUUCAACAUAUCUUCAACAUUAAAGAUAUUUGAUUGGUUUGCCUUUUGUAGUUAUAAAUUUGUAUGUAUGAUAGUAGCUUUGUUAGCUAGUAUUCUCUUCAAAACUGUAGGAUAUAUUGCCGUUCUUCUUUACAGUAGUCUGUCUCUUGGUUAUUUUUUGCUUAAAACACUUCAUGUAUCGAUUUUGGCUCACUCCAGUUCUGGUCAUUAUGCGGGAAGUAGCAGAAUGAGCACGUACGUUCUGCUCGGCAUCUGCAUCAUACAGCCAAUCAUGAUGUACUGGCUAACGUACCACCUUGUCAACACUUAUGUGCCAUCGUGAAAACCGAUUUUUGCCACCAACCAGAAGCUAAAAACAUUUUGAUUGAUUAAAGCGAGUUAUAUUGAAUUGGUCAAAGAGCACUUUGUAUGAAAAAUGUCAUUAAAGGAAAUCUUUUACUAAUUCAAAAUUAAUUGAAAAUGUAGUUUUCUCAAUUUUUAUAAAUCAAAUAAAUCACAUUUCUUGUAAUAACCAGUGUUAUUUUUACGAGCUUCUCAAAAAGUACUUC